AUGACUGAACAUAAAUAUAAACUUCUAUGUAUUGGUAAUCCUUUAUUGGAUAUCCAAGUUACUGCUGAUGGAGCUUUACUUAAAAAAUAUGAUCUUAAAGCAAAUGAUGCUAUUCUUGCCGAAGAUAAACAUAAACCAAUGUACGAAGAACUCGUUAAUAAUUAUACUCCUAUUUACGUAGCAGGAGGUGCGGCUCAAAAUGCUGCGCGUGGUGCUCAGUUUUUGUUACCACCAAAGUCCACAAUUUAUUUUGGGUGUGUUGGUGAUGAUAAAUUUGCUCAAGAAAUGAGAAAUGCGGCCAGCAAUGAAGGGCUAACAAUUGAUUAUUUAGUUAAUAAAGAAUUUCCAACUGGAACUUGUGGUGUAAUUAUCACCGAUCAUAAUAGAUCAUUAGUAGCAAAUUUAUCCGCAGCAGAAAAAUAUAACGAAUCAGAACAUUUGGAUUUACCAGAAAAAUGGGGAAUUGUAGAAAAUACUGAUUAUUAUUAUGUUGGAGGAUUCUUUUUAACCGUAUCGCCUAGUUCUAUCUUAAAAAUUGCCAAGCAUGCUGCUGAAAAAAAUAAAGUAUUUAGUAUGAAUUUAUCAGCACCAUUUUUAUCCCAAGUACCACCUUUUAAAAAAUCCAUGAAUGAAAUAGCUCCUUAUUGGGACAUGAUUAUUGGUAACGAAACAGAAGCUGAAGCAUUCGCUACCUCAGAAGGUUGGGAGACAAAAGAUUUAAAAGAAAUCGCUAAAAAAAUGGCACAAUUGCCAAAAGUUAAUAAAAAACGUCAACGUAUCGUGGUCAUUACUCAUGGAGAAAAAUCAACUAUAGUAGCAGAACAAGAUGGUGGUAUAAAAGAAUAUCCAAUUAUUAAUAUAGAUAAAAAAGAUAUAGUUGAUACUAAUGGAGCAGGUGAUGCUUUUGUUGGUGGAUUUUUAAGUCAAUAUGUUCAAGGUAAACCUAUCGAUGAAUGUAUCUCUGCUGGUCAUUGUAUUGAACAAAUAAUAUGA